AUGCCCGAGCUAUCAAAGUACGAACUGGAACGUGAAGCAAAUAUCGCUCGAAACCGUGCGAUCCUAGAGCAGCUCGAACUCAAGCAGGCCGUCGACGAGCUCGGAUUCCCAGAAAAAUCCAAACCUCCUCCAAAAACUAAGGCAAAACCUAUUCAGCCAACUAAGAAGGCAAAGAAAGAGCAGAGUGAGGUGGAAGGACCUAGGAGACAAUCCGCUCGUCUGAGACAUAUUGUUGACCCCAACGAAAGUCCCGCAAAGAAGAGGAAGCGAGAGGCAUGUACAUCAUAUCAUCAGUAUAUCAAUAGUUCUGCGAGUUUUCUAACCCUUCUCAAGGCUGAGCUUGAAGAGCAACGCGCACAAGACGCAGAAGCGCGUUUGGAAGCAGAGGAACGGGCUCGGGCUGCUAAACGACCACGGCAUGAAGACCUUGAUUUACAAGUUCUUACCAAAGAUGAUCCGGAAGAAGCUUCCUCUCUUUCAGAUCAGCUCCAGGCUCUGUCACAGCAACGGAGACGUACUGCAGAUCCUGAAGCGUACGUGUAUGACGAUGACAAAAAGGAGCAAAGGGAGGUCGAAGAUCUUCGAAAAAAGCUUCAGAACCUGAAGGUCGUAUCCCGAGCGAAGGUCACGCAAGAUAGGAUAUACAGCGCUGCAUACCAUCCGGAAGUGACGAAGGAUCUUAUAUUCUUCGGAGACAAGCAUGGUCAGCUAGGUAUAUGGGAUGCACAGGCACUUCCUGUAGAGGUGGAUGAUGAUGACGAGGAAGGAAACUCGGACGACCGUGAAGGUGGAAAGUAUUGGCGUCUACAGGUUCACUGGCCCGCGACAUCCAAAUCAUCGAUAUCUUCCCUCAAGCUAGACCCAACAGAUUCUCAUACUAUUUACACGAGCUCGUACGAUUGCUCUGUUCGCACUUUGUCGUUCACCACCGGUGUUUCGCGGGAGGUUUUCAGGUCUGAUGAUGGUGUUCUUGUCUGUAGUGUCGAUCUUCCCGCAUCUGGAAACGAAAUGUGGAUAUCGGACACUGCGGGGGGUCUCACGCAUCUCGACCUUCGUCAACCUAAAUCCAAAGCACGUUGGUAUGGUAUCGCAGAACUGAAGCAGAAGGUCGGGUGCGUGAGCGUGAAUCCCACGAGGCCUCAUUUUCUUGCCACCGCUAGUCUGAGUCGGGUGAUGCAAGUAUGGGACGUCCGAAAGUUUCAGACCCUCGUUUCUAAAUCAACGCCUAUCGAAUUUGAUCAUGAGACGGUGCAUCAGUUCAUUGAUUCUCCGAAGGGGGCUGGGUGCCUCCGUGCAGAAUGGCGACACGAUAAAUCCGUAAGCUCAGCAUAUUGGGAUCCUCGUGGAAGAAGUAUUGUGAGCACGAGUUACGAUGACGCACUAAGAGUCUGGGAUUUCGAUUCUUCCGUCUUUGAAUCAAACGAUAAGUUCUCGUCUUCGCGCCCCGUUCACCGUAUUAAACAUGAUUGUCAAACCGGUCGGUGGCUGACAGUCCUCAAAGCUCAGUGGAAUCCCAAUCCUGACGUCUACCCACACUUUACGGUCGGAAACAUGCAGCAUUCUCUGGAUAUUUUCUCUAGCAAGGGUAGUUUGAUCGUCAAAUUAUCUGAUCGAACGAAGAUCACUGCUGUACAAGCUGUGACAUGUUCUCAUCCUAAAAUUGUUGAGAGGGCAGUCAGUGGAAACGCCAGCGGACGGUGUGUCUUGUGGGCACCAGAGGAGGUUGAUUAG